GAGUGCGUGGAAGAAAAGAAGCGGUUGACAGAAAUCUCGGAAAGGGGAGAAGAUUUCUCGGACAGAGUCUAUGAAGUUUUGAGCCUCCCUGCUAGAGAGAUAUUGACGAACGUUUUCAAAUAAGAUACGACACUGGCCCAUCUGUGCUCGCAAAGCCUCGAACGAUAAGAACAAUACUUCGAUUGUCUGUUGGUUGUUGGUUGUUGAUUGUUGAUUGUUGAUUCUUGCGCCAAAAUCCGGGGAAGAAACGGAGCCAGAAAACUUCCACGCCGUUGGUUAGCCGCCUUAUUAGAGCUUCUCUCGAGCUUGUUGAAGCCAAUUUCCCCGCAAAUAUUGCGAAACAUUAUCUAUCAACACCUAGCGUAAUUGUCUCAAGGGAUAACUGCCCCUCGAAAUAACUCGGCAUCAGAUCAGACUUUCAUUUCCAGGGGUCCAUUCGUUUGUUCCCAGUGAUCGACAAGCCUAUUCUUAUCUUAUCGACGCUCCGCCUUUCCCUUCACUGUCAACCUUAUCCAUCAAAUCCAUCAUUUAUAUUGCGGAACCUCGAUCAUUAUCAUCAAAGUGUGCAGCUGCAAAGCUUACCUCUUGAUCUGCGAACGUCGGUAUAAGAUGGCAACGUACGAUAAUGCACGUAUUGACCGCUUCCUCAAUGACUCCGAAAUCCCUUUCGCAGGUCUCCCCAGCACACAUCGUACAAGCCAUACUGAUAUAGCAUCUCUUCCCCGACAAUUCGCAAACCAAACGUACGAUGCCUCAACAUGCUCGACUUUCAGCCAAGAUCCCGCAUCAACAAUAUCGCCCUGUAGCGAAAACGACGAAAGUGUGUUUAGUAUGCAGUCUCGAGGGUCAUACACGACAGCUACCAGUCAACAAUCGACACAAUCCAAUCCUGUAGCCGGGUGGAACCUCCCAAUACCUCAAAUCUCCCGAAUCAACACUGCUAUUGUCCUUCCGUGUGAAUUCAUAUCGAUAAAUUGUGGAGUAACAUUCCAUCCAGAUGAUUUCGAUGACUGGCUUACGCACAGCCUUACGCAUUUCAGUGACCUUCCUCCUCCAUCGAAAUGCCUCUGCCUCUUCUGUGAUAGAGAAUUCGAAGACACCAACGAUUCGCGUAGCAAUUGGUUGGAUAGAAUGAUGCAUAGCCGUGGUCAUUUCCUUGAUGGAAAAACAAACAUUCGGCCAGACUUCUCGGUGAUUGAAUAUAUGCGGAAGAACAAUCUGAUGAAUGAGGAGGAUUACACUUUGGCUGGACAAUAUACCGAACGUCCAUCAGUAGCGAGUCUCGUACGAAAAGGGUUUGAGACACCUGAAGCAAAACUCAAGCGGGAAAGAGAGUCCAAACUUCCAUGGGAUUUGCAAAAGGAAGAACGGCAUCGCAAACGUUCAGGUCAUGCACACAAAGGGAAAGAAAGGCAGAGGUCAACUUUUUCCAAAAAGCCAGUAUCGAUCGAGCAUCCAGAAUACACUUGAAUUCUUUAGCUUGCCACUCUCGCAGAAGACCUGUCCUUCUGAACCCGAGGGAAAUUUGGGAACCUAUGCGACCUUAUAUUUACAAUCUCGAACGGUGUGUGGCUAUGCGGAGGGCAAAUUUUGCCACUUAUCUCUCCAGUUGUUUUGAAUUCUCCGUACUCUGUGUUAUUUAAAUGCUCCCUCGCCGAAUGAGUGAAUUUAUAUGCGGGCUCCCUCUUUGAUGCAGGAACACAGGCCCUCCCCGUUCGCCUCUUCGACAGGGCGUAUCUGCUCGUUGCCUAAGCACGGUAAACUUAACCCAACAGGACACCGAGUGGGACCGACCAAUAAUCUUUUUUUGAUUGCGCAACGUUAGGGUUUUAUCGGGAGUUUUGUUUUGUCUCUUUUACGAUUUUCGUAUUUCACGAUGCUGGACCAUGGUCGAAAAGAAAAGUCUCUUGAACGAUUUCUAUACCCGAACAUGUUUUUCUGUUUGUUUGUUUGUUUGUUUGUUUCUCCGAGGUGCAUUUGUUUAUAUGCAAUACGUUUGGGAUAUGAUGACGUAGAACGCUACUCAUGAGUUAUGUUAAUGUCGUUAUGAAUAAUUAGUACUUCACCAGCAAUUUUUGUCCCUUGCCAAUCGUGUAUAUAUGGGUAGGGUUUUCCAAGCGUUCUUCGGUGUCUGUAAAUGGUAAGGCAUAUUUUCAGGAAGAUGGUUCGAUCGGAUGUCAUCUUGUCAUAUACUAGGCAGAUGAUUGAGAUAUAUUGAGCGCGUCCAGAAAAUCGUGCAUUCGGAUACCCUACUUGGGACAGAAUUCCAGCCACUCAACAUAUAUA